AUGUCGGAUGCUUGGGGCUCAGGGGCAAAAGAAUAUGCUGAAAAAAUACCAAAGGGACCUCCCAAAGACUCGGUUGAUGCUAUUCUUCACACAAUAGAUGGUUUACUACCCUUUGACAACGCCACUAGUAUCUUGGAUAACGGUUGCGGCACAGGGUUGGGAAUGCAAACGUUGAUCAGCAAGUAUGCGGAUCGGCUGCCUGAUCGGACCCGUCUGGUAGCUGCCGAUCUUAGUCCCGGUAUGCUGGAGUCCGUGCGCAGAACAAAAACUGCCCAUGACGGUAACAAGUUUUGGGACAGACUGGAGCUAGAAAUAUGCAACGUGGAGGAUAUGAAUCAGUUCUCGAAUUCCAGUUUUAGUCAUAUCAUCGCCUCACUGGUCCUUUUUUUCGCUGAGGCGGAGCCUGCGAUCAGCGAAGCUUACCGCAUUCUACAACCAGGUGGGGUCAUUGGCUUUACUUCGUUUCGCGAAAACCAAUGGAUGCAACUGCUCAACGUUGCAACAAAAAUAGAUCCAACACUGAAGCCAAAGCCUUUGCCUGCUAAUUGGGCUUCUGCAGAUUGGAUCAGGGCGCAACUUGAAAGUGCGAAUUUCACCGACGUGAAAGUCGAGCCCAAGAAAAUCUACCUCCAAGUGGAUGACGCCGUUGAUUUUGCAAAAUUUAUAGUACGGUCUGGAAUUCAAGCAAUGUCCGGCAUUUUCGAGUCCUUGACAGAGGAGGAAAAAGAUCGUGCGGUGCAAUUGAUCGCCGACGAGAUUGCUGAAAAGUAUCCCGGCAGUCCAGCAAGAAUUCCGGGCGUGCUUUUGGUAUCUAGUGCGCGGAAAGAUAAUGGUGGAGCUCAUUGA